AAAAAAAAAAAGGUCAAAAAUCAGAUUCUCUUUAUAAAAAGAUUCUAGGUUUCGCUUUUGGAAUGUAGUUUCGCUAAAAAAAAAAGUUUAUAACUUUAACCUCCAUCCAUCCCCAACAGUAAUGUCAAGCGACAGGCGAGAAGUUCAGCAAGAGACGACAACGACGGUAGACGGUAACGGAUCCAAUUCUCACCAGAUGGCUUCUUCUGCGAUUGUGAGAGCUACGGGCGCUACGACGUGCCGUAGGUUGAGGAUAAACCCUAACAACGAGCUUAGGCCAGAUAAUUACGAGGAUCUGCAUCUCGAUUUCCCUAAUCCUGUUUAUAAGAAUCUCGAGAAGUACUUGCCGCCAGACAUGUUGGUUUCGAACAGAGAGGAGAAAGUGAGAUUCAUGACUGACAUUAUGCAUAGUCAUCUUCCUAACGGAGAGCGUUCUAGGGCUCAGAGGCACAAUGACUAUAGGAAUAAGAUAGUUUCAAACUAUCAGCCACUUCACAGGGAGCUUUAUAAUCUGGUUCCCAUACUAUGUUUCGUUCCUUCUUUCCUAAAUGCGGUUAAUGAUAACACAGAGGAUAGCUUCAGAAGCAUCAUCUCUGAAGCGUCUCCUGGUGUUUUUGUUUUUGACAUGCUCCUACCUAGCUUCUGCGAGAUGAUGCUUGAAGAGAUAGACAAUUUUGAGAAGUGGGUGGCUGAGACAAAAUUCAAGAUCAUGAGGCCAAACACCAUGAAUAAAUACGGUGCUGUGCUUGACGACUUUGGGCUUGAUACCAUGCUUGACAAACUCAUGGAGACUUUCAUACGUCCCAUUUCCAAAGUAUUCUUCAAUGAUGUUGGUGGAGCAAGUCUAGACUCUCACCAUGGGUUUGUUGUUGAGUAUAGUAAAGAUAGGGAUGUUGAUUUAGGCUUUCAUGUGGAUGAUUCAGAAGUAACUCUGAACGUUUGUUUGGGUAACCAAUUUGUGGGAGGGGAGUUGUUUUUCCGAGGCACACGGUGUGAGAAACAUGUUAACACAGCUACAAAGUCAGAUGAGAUAUUUGAUUAUUGUCAUGUGCCGGGGCAAGCUGUACUUCACCGUGGCCGCCACCGCCAUGGUGCAAGAGCCACAACAUCCGGACACAGGGUCAAUAUGCUUCUAUGGUGCAGAAGCUCUGCGUUUAGAGAGCUUAAAAAACUUCAGAAGGACUUCUCCAGCUGGUGCGGAGAGUGCUCCAGUGAAAAGAAAGAGGAGAAAGCGAGGACGUUUGAUGCUAUAAGAAAGAAAUAUGUUAAAGCAGUGCGUCCUCCCCAGGCUUGAAGAAACAGCUACUAAGCAAUAACUUUAUAUUGGAUGACUUUAGAAUUUGGGAUCAAGCCUUGUUAGACUUAAAACUUGAGCCUGUGUAGAAAUCAUUUGUGAGGUAAAUGGCUUGCGGUUUUAUCUUUUCUUGACUUUUUGAUAACUAUGUACAUGAAAUCUAGUUUCAUCUUCACAUCUACCAUCUGAUGGUUUUUUUAGUAUAAUGAACCUUUUAAAGAAUUAGUGUUCUCUAGUUUUAUUUGGUGUUGCUGCUCGUUACUACUGACUACUGAGUGAUGACUAGAGCCACAAAUCAUGGAUUGUGC